UUAUUCGUUAACGAAUUGUCGAACUGUCAAGCUGGUUUAAAAGUUGAAUUUACAGAGCUUCUUUGUGCCGUGUGAUAUUUUCUGUAAUUUCUGCGAAGAUAAGGUUUCUUUUAGUUAUUAAUUUGGCGUAUCCAAUACAUUUGAAGCAUCAGUUUUAUUAUUUACAAGCUUAUAAAAACAAACUUGAAAAAUGACGAGGGAAAUUUACUAUUCUGACAAAUAUUACGACGAUGAAAAUGAAUACAGGCAUGUGGUGUUGCCUAAGGAAAUGGUGAAGUUGGUGCCAAAAAACCAUCUGAUGUCAGAGCAGGAGUGGAGGAGCAUUGGUGUGCAGCAGAGCCAGGGCUGGGAACACUAUAUGAUGCACACACCAGAGCCACACAUCCUGCUAUUUAAACGUAAGAGGACUGUUGAGAAGCCGGAUGACAAAAAAGUGAGAAGAUUGUAACUAAAACACUGUACAGACACCCUCUACAGUCAAAUGUGAUUAGAUAUAAAAACAUUUUGUUUGCCUCAUAACAAACAUUAUCAACAUUGUUUUCAUUUGACAUGAAAUUAAUGAACAGUUUCAUUUGAUAUGAAAUUCGUAAAUCACAAGUUGGGUCCACAUUGUGUAUGAGGUUUUUGCACAGCUGCUUCGGGCUGUCUUGAUGACAAGUAGGCCAUAAAUAUUCUGUGUGCCACAAGAUAUAUCUUGAAGAGAUAUGGAUAUUAUCAACCAAUUGCUUGUACUUCCAUCUAUCGUAGCUAUCAUCUCUUACGUCCCAUUGCAUCAUAGUACAAUAUUUGAAAUUCUGCUGCUUUUGGUUGACAAUCUCUUCACAAGAUAUAUAUUGUUGAAACAUACUAGGCAUACUGCUGCUAGUUGGCUUGCUGUGAUCCUUUCAGCAUCCUCUAAACUCAAGUGGGUCUAUGCUGUGUAAACACACAAGUUAUUGGAAUCUUAAUAAACUUGAAAGAGUGGACUCGCCUGCAUUAUAAGCAAGAACACAUUGUUCCAACUGUCAAUAGAUUCAAUGAUCACUCUCAAUAGAACUCACCGAAUUAUAUUAGAACUUCUCAAAUAGUUAGGAGCAACACUGCAAAGCUUUUCAAAAAAACAUUUGUGUUUAUGAAACGUAAAUGAAGUCUAUACAGUAAUAUGUUACUGAUUUUAAGUUUGAAACCACAAUAAAAUAACAAUAUUGUGCCUUGUAUGAAAAUUUAAUAUAUUACAAUUUAGGAUUUUGUGACACAUGGACAUAUAUUAACUCAUUAAAUAUUAUUAAGUAUUUUUACAGUUUCAUAAUUCAUCAAUCUUAAUGUGGUCUUUACCUACAUAAAUUGUCAUCAAGUAUAUUUUUUUUAUUUUAAGAAGACAAUUUUGUCUAUAUAUAGUCUUUUGCAUUUUAGAAGACAAAAAGUUAUGUUUCUAGUGACUGCAGAACUGUUUUCCUUUCUCUUAUAAUUUGUCAUCUGUUGUUUCAUUGAGCUAUUUGGUUCAUUUUAAAAAUAAAAUUUUAGUUUGUAUUAUUAUUGCUAUAAUAUUCACAUCAAAAUCAGAAAUAAAAUAAAACCGACAAACAAAGAACACAACCACCAAUUUUUGUGUAAUUUUAUAGGAGUGUUAUUUACUUUCUAUAAGUUAACCGUUUAUAUUUUAAGAUAGCUUAUGCAGUCUAAAAUCAAACCCACCAUGUUAUCCUUAAUGAAAUAACCCACCAAUAGGAUAAUUAUUAAAGAAAUAUAAGAAAUAGUACCAAUAUGUAGAUGUUUUUUGCCCCUUUAUCACAGAAAAUAUAAAUAGAACCACAAUUCCCGAAUUUCCUUAAAUGUAAUGUUGAAAUUUUAAUCUAUUUUACAUGCACAUGCGACCAAACAUAACAUUUUAAACUUAGUUAUAAGGAUGUCACUGCUGGACAAACAAAUUCUUAAGCAGGACCAUGGGACCAUAGAAAUUGCUAUUUUUGUGCUGUGAAUAUUUGGCAGUUCCUAUAUGAUGUUUUAAGGAUGUAAACAGUUUAUUAUUAUCUAUUAUAUCUUCCAGAAUAUAUCAGUUUGUUAUGGGUGUAAUGAUCUUCAUUCCAUGUUCGUGUAAGAUUAGUGUUAGUCAUUAAUGUAAGUUCUAUCACCUUCAGUUUUUCUUUCAUAUUGAAAGAUUACACUAUGAAAAUCUUGAAUGUUUAGUUAGUGGUUCAAGCUUUUAGUAAUUGCAAAGUUUAAAUAAUAAUAAUUGAUCAUUGUCAUGUACUUAGUGUAAUCUCUCAAAAGAUCAAUUGAAUUAAUCAUGAAUAAUCUCUCAUAAGUAAUAAUUUGAAAAAUUGCUGUUUAUAUUUUGCUUUGAUUUUUUUAAUAUGCAUGAAAUUUGAAUUAACUUUCUAUGCCAUAAUUAUGUGAUUCUGUUGUAAUAAAAAUUAAUAACCUGUGAAUAAUAAAAAAAUCUUGUAUUAAUGACUCAAUUUGGUACAAAUAAAUUAUUCGGUGCUAUGUUAAA